UUUUGGUCGGUCCGCCUCUCUCCUCCCGACUCAAUUCAGCUGUUCUCGUCGCAAAGCUUCAAGUGGCGGAGCAAAAGGAGAGGAGAGGGGGAGACUGGUCUUACAGAGAAGGAAAAAAAGUAAACGAAAUUAAAUAUUAACACCAACCGUCAGCGGAAAGUGAAAGCGGCACGAUUCGGCAGCUUUGAAGUCGCCGCUGGGGUCCAUGUAGAGCUGUUAUUCACAGUCUAUGGUGUAAACACAGAGUGUAGUUGUGACAUUGCGUUGUGAGCGACACAGCAGAGGGAAAGGUCUCCUCCCAAUCUGUUGACUGAUACAGGUUGGCUUCAGUGAAAGGAGACACGGCGAGACCUGACUGUACAUUCCCCCGGCCAGUGUUGUGUUGCCCAGGAUGUCUUCGAAGGCUCACAGCUCCAAUAACAUCGCCCAUGCCCAGCGGACGGUGCAGCAGCUGAGAAUAGAGGCGAGCAUUGAGAGGAUAAAGGUCUCCAAAGCCUCUGCAGACCUUAUGAACUACUGCAGUGAACACGCCAGAAACGACCCUCUGCUAAUGGGCAUCCCCGCCUCAGACAAUCCCUUCAAGGACAAAAAGCCCUGCACUAUAUUGUAGUGGAUGCCACUUAGCCUUUCUGUGUUUGCUUAUUAAUGUUGCUGUAUUCUUUUUGUUGGGAGGAGUGAGGGGUGUGAUCGUAUCAUUACCAUGUGUUCACCUGUUCUGUUAAGUCAACAAUUCAACCAGGAUUUUACUCCAAAACAGCCGUCGGUAAUGAGCAAAGAAAUGUCCAGUUUGAUCUCUGACCACUAAUUUUAACACUCUGGCUGCAUGAGUUGCAAUGGGUACAUAAUGUUGCUUAAAUAAUAAUCAACAGCAGAGAUUAUUUUCUGAAUGUUGUGAUACUCGUCAGUGAUGCCUUUGGUCCUAUCAGUGGCGGGCCAUGCAUUUCACACCUAGGCCUUCAGUGAUGUCCUACACAGUCCUACCUGAA